ACAUUCAUGGAUUGCAUGCACAAGAAGCUCAGUGUUUUGAUGUUCCCAUGGCUAGGCCACGGUCACAUAUCACCUUUCUUAGAGCUAGGCAAGAAGCUUGCCCAACGAAAUUUUACAAUUUAUCUCUGUUCCACACUAGUUAACCUCAAAUCCAUUCAGAAAAAAGUUGGUUUCGAGGAAAGUUCGAUUCAACUCAUCGAACUGCAUCUCCCAAAUUUGCCAGACCUCCCUCCUUGUCACCAUACCACGAAUGGGCUUCCUUCACACCUCAUGCCUACUCUGAAACAGGCCUUUGACAUGUCGAAAAGUAGCUUUUUCGACAUUCUGACAAAGUACAAACCGGAUUUGCUUAUUUAUGAUUUUCUGCAGCCGUGGGCGCCUGAGGCCGCUUUCAAGCUUGACAUUCCUGCGGUGCAGUUCAUCACUAGCAGCACUGCGCAGACCGCGGUUUUGUUCCAUGCCUACAAGAAGCCGGGCGUGGAGUUUCCUUGCUCGAAGAUUUAUUUUCGGGAUUAUGAAAAUGCCAAUGUGGAGGAGUUGAGGAAAUCGGUGGAUGAUCAUAAGAGAGAUCGCUCGAAUCUUGUGAUUGAUUGCAUUGAGAGGUCGAGUAAGGUGGUCUUGAUCAAGGGGUUUAAGGAGAUUGAUGACAACUAUGUGAAAUAUCUGUCUAGUUUGUGCGGGAAGAAAGUCGUUCCUGUCGGGCCUUUGGUUCAAGAGCCGAAGGUCAAUGCUGAAGAUGAGAAUUUGGAGACGAUAAAGUGGCUUGAGAAGAAGGAGAAGGGUUCGACUGUGUUUGUUUCGUUUGGGAGUGAGUACUUUCUGUCGGAUGAGGAUUUUGAAGCGAUUGCACAAGGCUUGUUGCAUAGUGAGGUGAAUUUCAUAUGGGUGGUGAGGUUUCCUCUGGGGGCGGAAGUUAGUCUUGAAGAGAAAUUGCGAAAAAUUGGGUUUUAUGACAGGGUAGGGGGGAGGGGAAUGGUGGUGGAGGGUUGGGUGCCACAGGCUAAGAUAUUGGGACACAAAAAUAUUGGUGGCUUUGUGAGUCAUUGCGGGUGGAACUCUGUGAUUGAGAGCAUGAAGUUUGGGGUGCCCAUCAUUGCAGUGCCGAUGCACAUUGAUCAGCCCAUCAAUGCCAGGCUUGUUGAGGAAGUCGGUGCAGGGAUCGAGGUGUUGAGAAGCCAGGACAGGAAGCUGGAAGCGGAGCAGGUGGCGAGUGUGAUUCGACGAGUGCUGGAGGAUGAGUUUGUGAGGGGGAAAGUGGAUGAUUUGAGUUGUCAGAUCAAGAUGAAAAGGGAUGAAGAAAUUGAUCAAGUGGCGAAAGAGUUGAAGAAGCUGUGUGUGCAAAGGAAACAUGAUGUGGAAGCGGAAGUGGAACCGGGGUGCUGCAAGGAAAUAUUGGAGUUGAUGGGUCGACCCAACGGGUGGUUCGCCAAGUUUGGGAAGCAGUUGCUUAAUCUACCCAGGUAGAAUUUACUUAAAGGAAGAAACAUACAAGCAUCCCGCAAAAGGCGAUGUUUACAAUAUCUG